AUCUGCAAAUACGAAGGGCCCUUUUUAAGGUCACGAAUUAUCAACCAACACCGAAGACACGCUGCUGAAUUUCAGAAUGAGACUGCCGGGAGGAACUCAAGACGAAGACUUAAAAACCACCAGAAAGCUACUCAAACCUCAGGUGGAAAAACAGAGACGGGAGAGGAUGAACCGCAGUCUGGAGGCUCUGAGAGUCCUGCUGUUGAAGGACUCCCAACACCAGGGCAAAAUAAGUCGUAGGAUCGAGAAAGCUGAGAUCCUGGAGGAGACCGUUCUGUUCCUGAAGAAAUCCAGUGGGAAGGGAAGCAAAGUUGGCGAACAGCAGCAAGUCCAGGACGGAUUCUCCGCGUGCCUGCAGCGAGCUGCCCGGUUCCUGCACGGCAGUGGGGCGGCGCUGCACGUGGAUGCGACCCUGCAAUCCAAGUUCUUCCACUGGCGCGUGUGCGCCGGCGCCAAAGCUCCGGUCGUCGCUCGGUGCCCCCCCGUCGACUCUACAGAACUGUCUGCGCAGACGUGGCAGCGCCGCAUCGCGUUCAGAAGCAGCGCCCCCCUCCACCACAGAGUUGCUCUGGCGUAUGGAGACUCCAACGUCCUUCAGCGCCCCCAAAGAGAUUCUCCUCGGUCCCCUCACUCUCCCCCAGUCAGCCAGCAUGCACUGGAGCGGUUUGCAGCUGAGUGUGAGGAGGCCGGGAUGGGGAUCAACACUUCCGAGUCUGAGGCCGUGGUUCUCGACCGGAAAAUGGUGGAUUACCCUCUCCUGGAUGGAGAUGAGUCGCUGCCUCAAGCAGAGGAGAUUAAGUAUCUCAGGUUCAUGUUCAAGCUGUGA